AUGGCGAUCACGGCCAUGUCCUCUUCUCUCGCGAAUUCUCCCGUCGCCGGCACCGUGAACUCCAGGCUUAUGCGGAGUCACGCCGCUACCGGCGGGACCUUCCACCUCCCGAGGAUCAGUCGAGGGAUAAAGUUGCGCUCGUGCUGCGCUCCCGCUCCCCCUUCUGAUCCCGAUCCCAAGUGGUGGGAAAUGCCCCUGAGCCCGGAUGAUCUGAUCGAACCGACGGGGCAGGGUCUGGAGGAACUCGGGGCCAUGUGGAACGCGCUGGUCCAGGACCCUCUCCGGCCGAUCUUGAUUGCAUUGCAAGAAAUCAAGGCUACCAAGGGGGACUUAUUCCGCUGUCGCUGCUUCCACGCCGGCUUUGUGUCCGGUACGUCGUCACUUCUUGUGGCUGGUUUUUAUCAGGUCUAUAAGACGGCACCCAAACUAUGCGUGGAUAUUGUUCUAGGGUAUAUAUGCUACAAGUUAAGUGUUUUAGCAGCUGAACUGAAAAGAAAUGGGAAAGCAAACAACCUUUGUGCUCGGAUGCAGUUUGUUCUUUUGGUUGUUCUGUUGUUCAAGGGUGACCACUCUAAGGACUCCUACUUAUACUUCACACGGAUUAUCUGGACCCUUGUUUUGCAUGUGUAUGCAUGUGUGGUUGUAUACGAAUGCCUCGGUGUGAAGCAUCCCAAACGCUACCUAGAAGCAACAUUUAAGACACUGCUAACAAUAGGCGGAGUGGUAAAAGUGCUAAAGUUUAUGUUUUUAGGAAUAGAAUGA